GGCGCAGAGAGAGAGAUACCGAGGAAACAGGCCAAUGGAGUAGGCUGCCUCUACCACCCUCUGUGAUUUAACCACACGGAGCGUAUUUAAACCGUCGAACGAGAAUCACACUAAAGAUGCUAAAAAUACUUUAGACAGGAUCUUUAUAUAGGCACCAGUGUCAAGUGCCGAGAGCGUAUUAGUUGGAAACUAAUUGAUUAGCGGAAAAUGUAAAAUUCCUUUCCACUAUAUUUUUUUACCAAUCGAAGCUCUGCGUUCAAACAUUGUCGCCUGUUAAGAAUGCAGCCUGAUGCAGCCAAACAUGGCAAUUCGCACACUGUGCUACACGCAGAUUAUCACUCCGAUCAUUUCCGAUUUCUACCGAGUUUAACUACCUGUAACUACAUUCAACUACCUCUAACUGUUAGCCUGUGAUUUGAUUACAUACCGUUGUUAGAUACCUAUUGAUACUUUUAUGCAGAACUAUGAAUAGCUUCAAUGACUUAAUACCAGGAAUCUCUGGAAUAUCUCGUAUUUCUCACUCCAGUAGCCAAUAUACUGAGAAAAUAGACUCACUACAUCUAACGGAAAGUCAAGAAAGUGUUGCACAAGAAUCCAGCAAAGAUGCAUCCUUGGGUUUAAAAAAUGCUAUAAAAAAUUUUUCUUUGUGUGAAAACAGUAUAGCAGAGUUUGCCCAAUUGAAAUUAAUUUUUGAAUGCAUUAUGGAAUCUAGCUUAAAUGUUAAUGAUUCAGUAUCAGAUGAUGUUUUAAAAAAAUUAAGACAAUUAGUCUUAAAUCACGAGGCCAAGAAGUAUUUACAUCUACCAGGUGAUUCCAAGGACUGCAAUGAGGAACUGAAAUUAUUAGGAUUAUUUGAUUUACCCAAGGUGAAACUGACAUAUGAAGAAAAAUUAAAUAUAAAGAGCAUAGUUGAAUCUAGGUUACGUGAAAAGAUACAUAGUUUUUUAUUGUUAUAUGAGAAUACAGGGGGGAACUUGAAAGAAUUAAUGAAAAAAAAUGAAUCCAAAAGUAACAAGAUCUUAGAGAGUCAGCCUUUUGACUUGCAAUAUUGGAAGAAGAUACAUGAAAUUUGUAUAGAAUAUGAAAAGAAACUCAUAACAUGCAGCCAUCUGCUCAAUGAAUGGAUAAUGUUAAAGCAGACAGACGUUACUGCAAUGAAUGCAAAACUUGUACAAUAUCUUUCACAACAAGCAGAAGUGUCUCUAUUGCAAAUUAAGAUUAGUAAAUUGGUGUGCACUAUAAAGAUGUUCAAAGAAACGCCUGUGACUAUUGAUGCUUUCCGAAUUUUGAAUGGAAAACUCGAUACUCAAUUGAGCAAUGCUGAAGCAGAGCUCAAUAAGAAUAUAGCAUUAAGAAAACAGUAUGAGGAUCUUGAAGGUACAGAAUUUUAUACAAUUGUUAAGGAACAUCAGGAACUUUGUAAAGCCAUUCAAAAGAAAAAGUAUAUGUUACAAAUUUUACGGGAUGAAAAAUAAACAUAAAGUUUUUAUUAAAAAAAAUUACACCAGCUACUUUUUAUUCAUUAGCAUAACAUGUGACUAGAAGUAUAAGAUACACAUAGACAUUGCUAAUGCUGAAAAAAUUGUUACUAAUAUUCUUUCAUUGCUAUAUGAUUAAAUGACAAAUAAUACUUGAA